AUGUAUGGCAUUCCCCUUGAGUUUUGGACUCCGAAAGGGCUCAGCUACAUAGCAAGUGCAAUUGGAAAUCCUCUAUAUAUGGAUUCCAUUACUGAAAAAGGGAUAAGAUUGGAGUAUGCUAGAGUUUGUAUUGAGAUAAAGGUGGAUUCGGAAUGCCCCGAGUCUAUUAGCCUAGAUUUGCCAAAUGGAGAAUAUGCUUGGAAACCUAUAAAAUGCAAUAGAUGCCAAUGUUUUGGACAUUCCACAACAAGUUGCUCAUUAGCAUCAAAACAAGGUGAUGACAUAACUCCACGAAAUUCAUUAAAGGAGGGGGCUGGAUUUGUGGUGCCUACGAGACUUCAUGGGAAAGACAAAAUGGCCCAAGAGUCUCAAGAGCUGGAAAAAGAUAAGAUAAUGCCGAAUCAGGAAGUAAUGCAUGGGAACACCUCCGAUGAUGCAAAUAAGGAAGAAAAGAGGUAUGAAAGUGAAGCUAGCACGUCAAAAGAGCCUUGUCCUCCCAUGGCAGCAAGUGUGAGUGCACGGGAGAGUGAAGUAUCUCCCAUAAACACAAGUCUAAAUUUGAGCGAUAUGGAGAACAUAGAUCAAGAAGCGCCUCUGGCAAAGGUUCCAUUUGGUGGAAAACUUAAGGUGGAUGAGAUGGACUUUAGGAAGGAGGAUGCUGAUUUGAAGAGUAGGAACUUAGGGAAGAAAUCGGCAAAGGAAAGGAAAGCAAAUUCCCCACCCCAUUCUUCCAAAUGA